AUGUCACUUGUUUUCGAUUCACAGGCUUUCUUCCUCGCGAAUAUUCCUCCCGAGUCGACAGCUUCACAAGAUACCAUCAAGAUGUCUUCUCCCGUGAGCAUCUCGCAACCACCUUCCCCGGUUGACUUCUUGUCUUCAACUCCGCCUAGCAUUACUCGCGUUUUAACAUAUACCUCCCCAUUAGUACAUUUGUUUUCACAAUUUUUGUCGUUAGUAACAUGGUCAACGGGGAAUCCUUCAGAAUCUUGCUUGCUGGUUGCUGCCUGGUGGACUGUAUGUUUGUACCCCAAGGAGAUAAUAAUCUAUGGCAUUCCUUUGAGCCUUUUCCUCUUGAUCGUCUUGCGUUGGGUAGAGAAAGGAAAGAGCGAAAGGCUAGGUAAAGCUAGUUUUGCGUCGCGAGCAACUUCGCAAGCAGAUUUAAAUCGGACGGUUCACGAGAUAAACCGGAUUUCUGAUAAACUCUCUUCAUUUCACGCUUUCUUAAACACCGUGGAUUCCUACAUUGACUGGUCAAAUCCUGCGCAAACUCAAAAGGUGUUUUUCGGUUUGAUCUACUUGUCUCCUCUUUGGAUACUCAUCAACUGGAUUAUACCGUUAACCUGGAUUUUCAUAAUCACUGUGACCUCCUUCUUGGUUUGGAAUAGUCCAUGGUUGAGAGUGAUUAGAUCCGUGCUCAUGCAAUCUCCAUUUUUCCGUGGAAUUGUCAGUUUUAUUCUUGGCUUUGUGUUUAGUGGAAGGUUAAAACAACCGGGCGGCGGAUUCUCCGUUGGCGCUUUUUUACGUAGGGCGAUGGAUAAACAGAGGAAGCUCGCGUUGAAAAAGGAAAGUUCUGAUAAUGAUACAAAGACCUCCACAGAUUUAAUAUUCAAGUUUGUUUUGUAUGAGAAUCAACGUUGGUGGCUUGGGUUGGAUUGGACUUCCAAUCUAUUCCCUAAUGAAAGACCCGCCUGGUCUGACGAAUACCAGGAGCCAACAAAUCACAAAGACUCAUUUCAGCUUCCGCCACCCACUACAACUCAUAUUCCAACUCCCGAAGAUCCUAACGUUUAUAUCCAAAAGACAAUCGAAUGGCGAUGGACCGAUCAAGAGUGGACGAUUGAAUCCAGUGACAACGUUGACAACGAGGGAUGGGAGUAUUUUGAUAAUCGAUGGAAGGGACCUUCAUCCAAAGGUGGAUUCAGAAAGUACACUCGUCGCAGAAAGUGGGUAAGAGCGGCUAAAUUGGUGGAGACGAUUCAAAAGAUUCAGAAGACCAAAAGUGUGACCUUUGAAGAACCGGAAUCAGAAAAGAGUAACCCGGAAGAUCAAAAGAUCCCUUCGUCACCGCCAUCACCAAUAACACCGAGUCAACAAACCAAAAUUGACACUAUGUAA